UAUCACCAACGUGUCAUAAGGACCCCGGACACUUCUGAUCAUACUCUUACAUAAGCACUGAAUGAUCAUCGACAUCCUCGAUGAUGGCGACAAAACGCAGAAACUCGGACACGAUAGAUCUGACAACAUCCCCUACGCUUCCGGUGCCAUAUACUAGCAGAAACCGCCUUCCGCGCUCUGCCACCAGCUCCAGGAGUAGCUCACAGCCUCAGAGUAGCAGACGUGCUUCUCCGGUGCAAAGCGAACAAAUAGUUGAUACAUCAUUGCUACCUGAUCCUGUAGAAGAAGACAUCAAAAAUCACCGGAGAAAGAGACGGAGAAUUGAUGCCAGUGGUGAAGAGCAGAACGACGUGCACCAGUUCCAUGAAUCACAUCUUCCCUGCAAUCCCUCAGAGAACAAUGUUCCAGAUGAUAGCUUAGAGGCAAGCACCUCGUCACAAGUUGCAUCAAGCUCACUACUAUCGAGCUGGAACGUGGAAUCCGAUCUCAUGCUAGGUUCACCCUCGCUCCUGGACGAGGAACUAGAGCUUGCAGAGCCUCCACCACCCACCCAAGAGUCAGUGGCAUCUCACGCUCAUUCAGAUGCUGCAGGUGCAGACAUAUCCAUCGUGGAUCAAAGGGGGACAUCUCCAUCAGUCUCGGAAAUCACUGAUGUUCCCUCGGACGACGUAGUCGUCGUCAGCCGCCGAACUCCGCCGAAUCCAAUUUGUCCCAUUGUCAUUGAUGAUCCCAUUCCCCUAAAGAUGAUGGGUUCAUUCACGCCUGAACCAGCUACAAGCCACAACCUUUCUGUCUCCCCCCUGAACGCCACUACUCUCUCAUCGCCUGCGCCGGAGCCACUAUCUGCUUAUACUUGUCCCAUUUGUUUCUCACCUCCAACUAACGCAACUCUGACACCGUGCGGUCAUAUUUGCUGUGGAGCAUGCCUCUUCGCUGCUGUCAAAUCCACCAUGAAACGGAACAUGGUGAUUGCUAUGGACAGAGCCCCUGUGCCAAGAUGUCCCGUUUGCCGUGCUGAAAUACCCGGGUGGGAUGGACGAGGGGGUGGCGUUGUGGGAUUGAAAGUGCAGGUUGUUUAUUCUCUUUGAAUUUCAGUACGCCUCGUGUGAUGGGAAACGUUUACACAUGCACAUGUUGUAUUGACCAUACUUGGGAAACAACACAACUUCUGGUCGAGGCAAUCGUCAGUAAUUCCAAUAACGACCCUUCUAGAAAUCACAUAGCAGUGCAAUCAUGGCUAUCCGCUGUCCGUCUCAUCGCGGUCGCCAUGAAACCACUUCUGUGACUGAUUGGCUGGAAAGCACCAUGUCGUUUCAGCAUGGCUAUAUUAAUAUUAACGAUCGAUCACAGUCGACCCAGAGUCCGUGUAUGAAUACAGCCCCCUUUCAUAACAG